CCUUUUUCUAUGUUGCAUGGGUAGUGAGAUAUACUAACAUCCACAAAGGUGAAACUUUUCGCUUUCACCCUAUAUCUUGGAAACAAAUGUAUUAUACCUAAACGUCGUGUAGUAUAAAAACAGUCGUAGGUGGCCGCCCACUGCAAAACAUAUCUUUUCCUUCGCGGGGCAAAGAAUACGUUAUUAUUAGUUACUCUUUGGCAUGGGGUAGAUAGAGAUGAAAAUGUAAUAGCACAAGCUCGUAUAGUAUAGUAAUGAGCAGUAUAUUGAUUUUGACUAGAGCUACUAUAGCAACUCACUUUGUGUUUGAUCUAUGACAAGCGCCGUCAUUUACACUUACUUUUUACACAUAUACCUUAAUUCUACUAAUAUUUCUUCUGUGUCCCAACUAUGUCGGGACUACCAAAGUUACCAGGAUAUAACUUUUUUGAUCCCACACUAACCAAGUAUCACCUGUCACACACUUUUGAUUAUAUAAACGGUUACAAAAUUCCAAAACUUGGAGGUCCAGGAAUCGGUGGACGGGAGCUGGAUAUAAACUCUGUCGCGCACAUCGAGUCAAAUGAUCCGGUGCGGUAUGAUCCGUCGCUCACUUACGGUCGGACACGUUCCGCGGCUCUUCCACAGUAUCUACCUCAUUUUGCUUUGUAUGAUCAAAAGUGUCUGACAUUCAAGGCGUUUUUCAAGCAGUCUGUCGUUGAAUCACCCUUAGAGUAUUAUAGAGUGCGUAAAGUCAACAUAAUUUACUUCUUGGAGGAUGACACGAUCACAAUCAUGGAACCGCGAAUUAGAAAUAGUGGCUUGGAGCAAGGACGUCUUGUCCGACGAGGUAAAAUACCCAAAAAUAAUCUCGGGAAUUACUGGCACUGGAAAGAUCUGCAGGUAGGCAAAGACAUAGCCAUUAAUGGAGUUGUGUAUCACACAACUGAUUGCGAUUUGUUUACGAGGGAGUUUAUGAGAAGCCAAGGGCUGAUAAUGGGCGAUCCUGAAGAGAUCCCGCCUGACCCCUACACUCAGGUGAGAGAGUGGAGUGUUCAAGUUCACGAAACCACCACUCCUGCAGCCGAUGAUAAAUUAAGGCGCUUUCUUGAAUAUGAUGGUAAAGUGCUUAAUUUCAAUGCAGUGUGGGAUACACGAGAUGAAGAGUUUGGGGAACUUCGGCCAUAUAAUAUUUUGUACUUUUUGGCUGAUGAUACUAUCUCUGUGAAGGAAGUGAAUGAUAAAAACAGCGGAAGAGAUCCGUUUCCGUUACUAUUACGUAAAAUGAAGGUUCCAAAGGUAUAUACGGACAUACCUGUAACAUACCCUUCCGUCUACAUGGAGAAGUCCGACGCAGAAGUAACCGAAUACUACCAACCGAAGGACUUACAAGUAGGCGAAACUAUCUACAUCUUAGGUCGCCGAAUGCUUCUUGUGGACUGUGAUCGAUUCACUCGAGAUUACUACCAAAAGGCGUUAUGUAUACAACAAAAACCUGCCAUACCGUACAAACCGAAACCGAAAGAGCCUCCACCACGACCGGUUCCACCGCACGAUGGCCUGGGAACUUUGGAGGAUUCGAUUCAAAAUACUAAAUACUUCCUACCACAACCGCCCAGAAAGGACGUUGUGCGUCAACUGCUCAAUGCUAACAAGUAUUUAAGAUACAUUAUGAAAAUAGAUGUCGUACAUCCUGAAGACGAAGUCAGACGGUUCAUUUUGAGAUACUCCCUAUCCGAGGGAACUUGCUACAUAUACGAACCAGUGAUUAGAAAUUCGGGCAUAUGGGGGGGAAAAUAUUUGCGAGAUUCUUUUCUUGUAAAACCGGGAUCAGACCCGUUGAAUCCAGUCUAUUACACUCCAGUAGAUUUCUAUAUCGGCGCGACGAUUAUCGUGCACCAUCAGCGAUUUAUUAUCAUAGACGCAGAUCUGUAUGUUUACCGAUACAUGCAGGCCAAUCCAGAAAAGUUCCCAUGCGAUGUGAUCGACAACAUUCGAAAUCACAUGUUCAAAAGUGGAUUUCUUACUGAGGACAUUAGGGAUGAAGUGGAAAAGGAAUCUCAGGCUCAGAAGAAAGCCGCGAGAGACGCCAUUGGUGAAAAAGUGGAAUAUCCCGAGCCUGAGAUGGAUAAAUGUCUGAUGAAAUUAAGGGGUAGUAGUGCUGAUACAGAUCCGGAAUAUGCUACGUUAAAGAGAGCGCAAUUAUUGCAAGAAUAUGAAGAUUCGCUUAUCCAUAAAAAUGUGGUUCCCGAGCACGGUAUCAUGGAUACCAAUCUAACCUGCGCUUAUCCAGUUGUAAUUGGUGAAAAACCAGAUAUUGUUUGUAGGGGAACUGAUGUUGGUCCUGACGCAUUUACACCAAAGCACAUUGAUACACCCGAAGAAAUUCAACAGAAGCAUUAUGCAGAUGUGCUGCGAAAAGAGCGCGAUCUAUGUAAAUACGGUAAACCGAUUGUCUGCCAAAGUCCGGAAGACAUAAACAGGCCCCCCGCCGAUAAAAAACCACUUGAGGAGUCUGUACCGAUUAUGGUUUCCCCCGUAGAUCGUCCUAAAGACGCUUGCAAAGUUAAAAGUGUGCACUUUGAGGACGACGAUAAAAGAUGUCAAACGUAUCAAGAUGAUCUUUGUGAUUUGAAACGUGAGAGAAUUUUUUCCGAAUGUACGCCUUAUAAAAAAUGUUAACAUUUUUUAUUGUACCUACCAAAUAUAUCUAUACCCGAGUCUA